AUGAAGUUUGCUUAUUUCAUCUCAACCACCACUUUAAUUACCUCAUAUUACUUUCCUAAUUUAGAACUACGUUUCAUAAAAUUUGUGAAAGGUAAAGAUGAAGCAAAAGAAACUAUCGAUGGAGAUAUUCAAGAUAUCAAUGAAGAAGAUGUCGAAGAUAAAAAAAAGGUUUAUGCACAAGUCAGCAUUAUGGAUAUUCAUAAUGUUAAAAGUUUUAAUAUAAAUAAGGAUAAGUAUGAUGGUAGCAGCAUUAUAAAUCCCAAGAAAUUGGAAAAAUAUUUAGUUGAUUCCACGGGUAAUUAUAUUUAUGUUUAUAAAAAAAACACUGAAGAAAAAAGUAAUCCAGAAGAAGAAAAUACAAAAGAAAAAGGCAGUCCAGAAGAAAAUACAGAAAAAAAAAGUACUUCAACAAAAAAUAUUACAGAAAACGAUGAUGAUGAGAUUAUUGAAUUAGAUAAAAGUGUAUCUACAGGACCAAGUCCAAUAGAAGAAAAAAAUAAUAAAGAUACAAUUACUAAGAAAUUCAAGUCUAAGCAAUAUUACUACGUUAUGCCUGUUCAAGAUUCUAUGUACUUUGUUGAACUUGAAUUUGAUAAAAAUAAAAUCGAGAAAAAAAAGCAUGCAUACCAGAACGAAAAGAACAAAUACGUUGAGGCAAAGAAAAAAUACAAGGAUAUAUUAAAAAAAGAAAACGAGAAAGAAAAUGAAGAAGAAAUUAAAAAGCUCAAAGAAAUAAAGGAUAAAUAUGAAAAAAUAAAGAGCAAUUACAAUCAAAUUUUGGAGGAAGAAAAAAAGGAGAAAAACGUUAACAAAUCCGAAAAAAUCGAGAGUGAAUACAAGAAAGUAAAGAAUGAAUACGAUACAUUAGAAGAUAGUGCAAAGGAGGGGAUGAAGAUUGAAUACGAGUACAAAAAGAAUGAAUACGAGUACGAGAGGGGAAAAAUAGCAUACAAGGAAAAGUGGAAAGAAUAUGAGGAAAAAAAGAAAGAAUAUGAGGAAAUAAAUGAUGAAUGCGAGAAAAUAGGAGGAGGUGAAAAAAUGAAAGAAUACGAGAAAAAGUGGGAAGAAUAUCAGAAAAAUAAGAAAGAAUACGAGGAAAUAAAGGUUGAAUAUGAGAAAUUAGAAGGAGAUAACAAGGAGGCGAAAAGGACUGAGUACGAGGAAAAAAAGAAAAAAUACGAGGAAGAAAUGGAGGAAUACAAGAGGAAAAAAGAAGAAUAUGAAAGUAAAAUGAAAGUAUACAAGAAAAUAAAGUAUGAAUACGAGAAAUCAAAAGAAGGAGAUAAAAAUAAGACUGAAUACGAGAAAAAAAAGAAAGAAUACGAGGAAAUAAUAGAGGAAUACAAGAAAAUAAAGGAAGACGAAAUGAAGAAUGCAAAGGAUGAGUACGAGAAUGCAAAAAAAAUUUACGAGAAUGCAAUGACAAAUUACGAGAAGGCAAUGAAAGAUUACGAGAAGUCAAUGAAAAGUUAUUUGAACAUAAUUGAAAAGGAUAAAGAAGUGGAGAAGAAGAAGAAAUACUAUGAAAAAAAGUAUGAAUACGAGUAUAAAAAAAUAAAGAAAGAAUACAAGGAAAAGAAGAGAGAAUAUGAGGAGUCAAAGAGAGAAAAAGAUAAAGUGCGUGCGAAGGCAAUGAAAAAACUCGGGGAUGGAAAGAAGAAAGGAGAUGGAAAGGGGGAAAAACAGAGUGAACAAAAUAAGAACGAACCUGAACUUACUAUACAGCAAACAAUUCAGAAGGAAAUGAAAGAAUACGAUGAUAAAAAUAAGAAAAAAAAUGAUAAAAUAAAGAGUGAAUACGCGAAAAUAUUGGAAAAAUACAUAAACGCAAAGGACAAAAGAUAUGAACAACGAAAGGAGAAUAUAAAGGCUGAGACAAAGGAAAAAUACCAGAAAGCGAAGGAAAAAUACAUAAAUGAUAAAAGGAAUGAAAUAAUAAAAAAAUACAAAGAUGAUAAGCCGGAGAAAAUAAUGGAAGAAUCCGAGAAAGCAAUUGUUGCAAAACACGAGAUGGAAAAAAUAGAAUACGAGAGUAAAUUGACUGAAUACGAGAAACAAAUGGAAGAUUACGAUUAUUAUUCUGCAGAUCUUGAUAAUUUGUAUGACGAGUACUAUAAAAUAAAGGGUGAACUCGAGGAAAAAAUAGCUAAAUUCGAGUACGAGACAAAAAAGAAAGAAUAUGAGGAAAUGGAGAAAGAGAACGUGGAAGACGAGAAAAACUCUAACGAUGCAGAAACUAAUAAAGAAUAUGAGAAUGCAAAGAAAAAUUACGAUAAAAUAUACAAAAUAAAAAAGGGAGAAUAUGAGAAAGCAAAGAAAGAAUACGAGUGGGUAAUGUUGGAAAUAAUUUAUAAUUACAAAGAAGCAAAGAAAGAAUAUGAGAAAGCAAAGGAGAUGGAAAAGAAGAAUAUAACAGAAGAAAAGAAGGAAAGAACCAGGAAAAUCAAGGAAGCAAUCAAGAAAGAAAUUGAGAGGAUCAGAAAUGAUAUAGGUUGUGAUGGAAUUGCAUUUCACGACUAUGCCGGUGGAAGUUUCGAAAAACAAAAUGAAAUCUCCAGAUUCAGACCAAAUGACCUUGAAAAAGGACUUCCUCCUCCUCCUAUUAAACUUAUUAGAAAUUCCUGGUUGCAAACAAUCCUGGAGAGAAGAGAAAAUGAAAUUGAGGGAAGAGGAACAAGAAUUGGAGGAGCUGAUAAAUCAGGAAUUCGAGAAACUGGAGAAGCAGAAACAACGACUGGAGGAGCUGAAAGAGGAACAGAAACAAAUAGGCCCAUUACCUCAUUAUUUAAUUUAAAUUAA